AUGGCUACCAACGAUGGCUUUCCAACCAGAGAGUCUGUCCUGUUGGCGAUGAGAAACGACUUGGGCAUGACACGAGUAGACGAUCUUCAGCUGGAGAACGGUCAUCGUGGUCACACCAUCCGCACCGGAAACGCGAGCUCUAUUAUCACGGCACAGGCCACCGCCGCCCCGAGAAAGAUUCUGCCGGUCGCGAGCAAGUGGAAAUCUGCAAUCCAAUCCGGCGCUUUCGAUGAUGAUGACGCAGAAACCGUCAAGGGUCUUGACCGGAUCGGUGGUGGUAGACUGCACGCGCUGAACAAUGCUCCCACCGUGCCGGCGCAGUAUUUUCCGCAACGCAAAAGGCUCCCUCCCGGCCUCCCUCCCCCAGGUCUCAGACGAAACACGCCCUUCAAUAUUCAGCCGGAACCUCACCGGCCGGCAAAGUCGGUCCCAGAGCCGGCUUCAUUUGUGUACAAGGAAGCCAUCCGCGUGGCAGACAGGUUGGCAAAGGGAGAAGGGGUCGUGUACUUGGUCGCAUUGUCCGACUCGGAUCCAGGAACUUUCCACAUCUACCUGGAGGGCUCCAAGUAUCUUGAGUACCCGGUCGUGAAAAUGCACAACUACAUCACCAACUCGACCGAUCUCUGCCCUCAGUUUAAAGAGUCUGAUGGCGUCUCGAUUACCACGACGCGUCUUGUUUUUGGCAGCCAGGAUAAAAUCGCACAGUUCAUGGAGGUUCUUCGGGGUUUGAAAGCACGGAAGCAAGAACAUGGUUCCGAAGCAACUACGGCGAUCCCUGUGAUAGAACCUAUGACAGAACCCGAUACGGAACUCUCUGCAACAAAUCACUCAGAGCACCCCUCCUUGCCAGCUGAAAAGGCCCCCGACGAAGCCAUCCAUCGUCCUCAGGGUGAUGCCUUUGCAGAAGAUGAUGCCAUGGGAAGCAAAAUAAACCUCCAAGAUUCACUCCUUGAGAUUCUGCCAAAGUUUGAGGCCAUGGUCCGCAUCCUAGACAGUGUCGAAGAAGCGAAAAGAGAGGAUACAGCUAAGUUGGUCUUUUCCAGUCUUCGGUCAAGUUUGGACGGCAAAACAAACGUCCACCUCUCCUCUGCAGAGCAGCUUCUACGGGCCAUUCUCGCAAAGCUGUCCAAAGAGAAAGGGACUUCUGCGAAAGCUGCAGACACCGUGUGCCGGCUUAGAUACACUCGCGAUAACAUCGAGAGACUACGGGACCACGCCGCGCCGCCUCCAGAGAUUCUUGACAAGCUUGACUUCUUGCCACGGCCGUCCCGACUGGGCCGUCCGAAGGCAUCCCGCAGGCAGCCCCUGCACACACCAUCGUCAAGCCUCACGGACAGCAAAACACGAUCCAAUCUGAAGCCUACAGCAGAGCCAUUCCAGCCUAGCCCACCGCCCAAGAUGAGGCAGACCAAAUCUACAGAUCGGCUCACGUUGACUGGUUCUAUACUGGGCAUGCAGCCUGCAACCACAUCACCGGUGGCACUGAGCGACAUUUCCAACUCGUCAAUCUCGAGCAACAUUGAUUCGUUGACCGCACGCAUGUCUCGUCUCACUCUCCCGGACGCCCAGUCCAAAACUGCUACAAAGGGAUUGCAAGGUUCCAGAUGGGCGACAGCCGGCAACAGUGUUUCCACUGAGAAUGCUAACCGUUUCAUGGGUAUCGCUAUUCCCCCAUAG